GUGCAAGAGGCUGCUCUGGGGAAAAGGAACAGGAUCCACUGUAAUAUAAUGCUGUGUUCAGCAGAUCGCAUUGCUAAUCUGUUUUAGUUGUAUCUACAACCUGACGAUUUUACAACCUUGUACAAAGUUUGAGCUGAGAUAAAACAACUGGCUUUACCAGAGAGACAACGGCACCGCUGGGAUCGAGCUGCAGAGACGAGUGUUACAGACUCCAUGAUGGACUGUUGCCAGUGGUACUCUGCCCUUCUCCUCUUGCCCCUCCUGGCUCUUCCCAGCUGCCAGGGGGGAAGGAUCCUGGUGUUCCCUGUGGAUGGCAGCCACUGGGUCAACAUGAACAUCCUGCUUCGAGAGCUGCACUCCAAGGGCCACGAGAUCACAGUGCUGCGCUCCAGCAACAGCUGGUACAUCAAGGAGCAGGCCACCCAUUACAACUCCCUCACCAUCCCCGCCCCUGACGCCAGCCCUGUGGGGCAGGACUUUUUCACACAGUUCCUGAACCGCACACUGGAUAUCCAGAUGAGAGACGGAUCUCUGCUGGCAUUCCUCGCUCUACAGAGAGAAGUCAGCGUCUUACUCACCAAAAUCCACAGGAUGGCUUCCCAGACACUGGUGACCAUCUUGGAAGACCCCCAGAUAAUAAAGAGGCUGCAGGGAUUUGAUGUGGUCCUGACUGACCCCACCAUAGCUGAGGGACUUGUUAUGGCUCACCGCCUGAAGCUGCCCGUGGUGCUGAACGUGCGCUGGACUACCAGUGGAGAAGGUCACUUUGCCAUUGCGCCGUCCCCUCUCUCCUACAUCCCAAUGACUGGGACCAGAUUCUCAGACAGGAUGACUUUCACCCAAAGGCUCCUGAACGUGAUAAUCUAUGGGUUAAGCCUCUACUCUGAAAGAUUCAUAAUAAGCGCACAGUAUGAUGACCUGUGCGCCCGCUACUGCGACUCUGGCACAGACAUCAGAACUCUCCUCCAGUCAGCUGAUAUUUGGCUAAUGAGGGUGGACUUUGUCUUUGAGUUCCCCCGCCCCACCAUGCCCAACGUUGUCUACAUGGGAGGGUUCCAGUGCCAGCCUGCCAAGCCCCUUGCCCCCGAGCUAGAGAAGUUCAUGGAGAGCUCCGGGGAGCACGGCGUCAUUGUCAUGUCUUUGGGGACUCUGGUUCAAAGCCUCCCCAGAGAAGUGACUGCUAAGAUAGCCUCGGCUUUCGCACAGCUGCCCCAGAAAAUCAUCUGGAGGUAUAUUGGGGAGAGGCCUCAAAACCUGGGCAACAACACCCUGCUGGUCGAGUGGCUCCCCCAAAAUGAUCUGCUGGGACACCCCAAGACCAGAGCCUUCGUGGCGCACGGUGGCACCAACGGAGUUUACGAAGCCAUCUACCACGGAGUUCCGGUCGUGGGUCUGCCGCUGCUGUUCGACCAGUUUGACAACCUGCUCAGGUUAGAGGUGAGAGGGGCAGCCAAGGUGCUGGAUUUUGCUACCAUGAGCAGUGCAGACUAUCUCCAGGCCCUGAAGCAGGUUCUUGAAAAGCCGUCCUAUCGGAGGAACAUGAAGAAGCUCUCCACUCUCCACCACGACCGGCCCAUGGAGCCCAUGCAGAGCGCCCUCUUCUGGAUCGAGUACGUCAUGAGGAACAGGGGCGCCGCUCACCUGCGCACUGAGGCCUACAAGAUGCCCUGGUACUCCUACCACAGCCUGGAUGUCAUCGCUGUCCUGCUGGCUGCUCUUCUAGUCUUCAUAAUCACAGGCAUUGGAGUAUUCAGGUUUCUGUGCUGCAUGGUCUGUAAAAGGAGAAAAACUAAGCGAGAAUAAGACAGAGUUAACUUAGAUGGGUAUCUUUAAGUACAAAAAGUUUGUUUCUUCUAGUUUCUAUAGUACUGAUGGAAGAUGUUAACCAACACUUGUCUGUGUGACUCAUUUUCUUCUAGUUUAGCCUCCAUAACACUGAGCAAGAGAUUGUCUGCUUAACUAAAUGUUUUCUAGUUUCACCUUAUAAUUCUAAUGGGCUAGUUGAGUUAAUUGCAGCUACUAAGAGUUGAAGGUGAGACUCUUUCAUAUGAUCUACUUACUACUAUGAACCCUGUUGAGCUCAAACAUUUUAAAGAUAAGUUUCAAGGAUGUGAUAAAAAAAAAAGUAAAAUAAGUGAGUGUGCUAUUUGAUUUUGUCCACCCUAUGUAUUCUACCUUCAAGGAGGGUGUAAACAAACUGGCUUGUCAACAAGGCAUGUUGUAACAAACCCUAUUGUACAGCUGUGGCCAAACGUUUUGCAUCACCUAGAAUUUUAGGAUUGAGACCUAAUUUAAAAAAUAAUAAUUUGAACAUAGAGAUUUUAUUUAACAUCAUGUAAUCAAUUAAACUACAAAAAGGGCAGCAGUGUGGAGUAGCGGUUAGGGCUCUGGACUCUUGACCGGAGGGUUGUGGGUUCAAUCCCUGGUGGGUGGCACUGCUGUUGCUGACUUUACCUAGAUUGAUCCAGUAAAAACCCAACUGUAUAAAUGGGUAAUUGUAUGUAAAAAUAAUGUGAUAUCUUGUAACAAUUGUAAGUUGCCCUGGAUAAGGGCGUCUGCUAAGAAAAUAAAUAAUAAUAAUAAUAAAAUAAUUUCACAAAAGUCUACCGGAAAUAGUAGCAGUAUAGUAUUUCAUGUUAGAUUUUGAAAUGUCACGUUUUUCAAUUUGUCAGUUUUUUCACUAAGUAUAUGGAAAACUCAAAAGCAUUAUAUAAUUCAAUAAUAUUACAUUGUUUAGCAGGUAUCAUUCGACGUUUCAGACAUGUUGUAAUGUAUUUUAUUCCUUUUCCAAAAUAAAUGUUUGUGUUCCAGUA